AUGGAGCAGAAUCGGUUCUACAAGCCCGAGGAGGCGAUCUUUCACAACGAUGGACGCGAGGAAGCACUGCUCGACUUCGUCCAGUCGCACACCGACUACCGCCAGAUGCACGGCAGCCCGCAGCGCAUUCUGGACGCGAUUGACGAGUACGGGCGCACGAAAGCGUUCCUGAUGAACGUGGGCAAGGAAAAGGGCCGGAUCGUGGCCGAGGAGCUGAUUCCUGCCCUGGAGCCGGACCUGAUGGUCGAGCUGGGCGGGUACGUGGGAUACUCUGCUCUGCUGUUCGGGAGUGCCUGCAAGCGCCUCGGCACGCGCAAGUAUCUCAGUCUCGAGGCCAGCCCCAAGUUCGCCCAGGUGUCGGCCCAACUCAUCGAUCUGGCCGGUCUGGAUGACACGGUGGAGAUCCAGGUUGGGCCAUGUCGGGACUCCCUCCGCCAGCUGCGCCAGGAUUACCCUCACGGUGUGGUGGAUGUGAUCUUCAUCGACCACGCCAAGCGGGAGUAUGUCAAUGACCUCAAGCUGUGUGAGGAAUUAGGGCUCGUCGGCCUUGGAACGACCAUCAUCGCCGACAAUGUCAUCUCCCCGGGGGUUCCGGAUUAUCUACAGUAUGUCGCCAUGUCGACCAGCGAGAAGCUUCAGGCAAUCCAGCAGCAGAUGGAUCCGAAUAAAGACAUUUCUCUGGGUAAUCCAUAUCUGGUCUAUCAGAAUACCCGGAUUGACAGCUUUGAGCCCACUGGAGAGCCAGACAGUCUCCAGGUCUCCCGGUGCAUUGAAAACAGGGUAUUAUCAAAGUAG